CUGCAACUGUAAUCACCCCUUCAAAAGUAAGACCACUGAGACAGUCGAGGAAAACGAAGCGGAAGCGUAGUUAAGUCGUGUAAAUACUGAACUCGUAGACUGGUUGAAGUAAAAGUGAAAAUGGAAGGGAUUGGAUUGGAAGGAGAUGGGUCAAACGGGGAAGCUCUUGGGAAGUGCUUGAGUGGGUUGGUGGACGAUGGUAGCACCGAGAGUCAUCGAUACUUCCUGUCCCGGAGAACUGUGCUGGAGAUGCUUAGGGACAGAGGCUAUGCCGUACCCAACACUGAAAUCGACCUCUCUCUCCAUGAAUUUCGUGCCAUUCAUGGCCAAAGCCCUGAUUUUGAUCGUCUCAAACUCUCUGUUACUCAUAAAACUGACUCUUCCAAGCGGAUGCUGGUAGUUUUCUAUGGGCCUGGUGUAGUUAAAGUCAGUGGGAUUCGGCUCAUUGCUGGUCUAAUUACUAGCAAAGAAACUUUGACCGGGUUGAUAUUAAUCGUGCAAAACCACAUAACAAACCAAGCUUUGAAAGCUUUAGACCUUUUCUCAUUUAAGGUGGAGAUAUUCCAGAUUACUGACCUACUUGUUAAUAUCACAAAGCAUGUGCUGAAGCCCCAGCACCGGGUACUAACAGAACAUGAGAAACAAAGACUAUUGCAGAAGUACAGCAUAGAAGAAAAACAGCUCCCUCGACUGUUAAAAAAAGAUGCCAUUGCAAGAUACUACGGUUUUGAAAAGGGUCAGGUGAUAAAAGUUACAUAUGGGGGUGAAAUCACUGAGUCACAUGUUACUUAUCGAUGCGUCUGGUGAUGAAACAAAUCAAUGCUGUCGCUUUUCUUUAUGUUUCUUCCUGUAGGAAAAUUGCGUUUGUAGUUUUCUUUCAGAAGUGGUUUCCCAAACCUUUCUAUGGGGCUUCCGACCUUUGUUUGCUGUUUUAUGAACACUGAUUGAGUGGAUUCUUAUUUAAUUUUACUUUGAAAUCUAUAA